UAUGUGUGAGAGAGAAAGAAAAAAAAGGUUGUAAAAUUUUGAAGAUAAACCAUUAACUCACCCACCUAUCCCGCCCUUGAAUUAGCCUUUCUUUUAGUGCUCCUCUUCUUUUCCCCCCCUCUCCAACUUCAACUCCUACCCACCUUCUUUUUCUCUCUCCUCAAAAAAUCAAAAUUAAUUCAUUCUCCCAAACCCACAAAUUUCUUUCCCUCGAAUUAUUCACAAGGGUAAUUGCUAUUUUGUUGUAUAAAUGGAGUGCAUGGAGGCCAGGGCGCUAAAAUCGAGCUUUUCGUCGGAAAUAGCGAUGAAAACGAGCAACACACAAAGUAUUCUCGACGAUUUUUGGUGUAUUUCAGGUUUACCAAGCGACGAUUUCUCCAUUGACGAGUUUUUUGACCUUCCUAAUGAAGAUAACAUUGACGUUGAUAUUGAUGGGUCGGAGGAAGAAGAAAAAGACUCCUCUUCGCAUUCUCUCUCUUCUCAUGACCCUGUUGAUGAUUCCAAUUCCACCAACUUCUCGCCGGACCUUGCAAUUCCGGUUGAUGAUGUGCAAGAGUUAGAAUUAUGGUCGCAUUUGAUGGACGAUUCUAUCCCGGAGCCAACGCUUGCAUGUCCAAACCCGAUUUUAGAUGGGCACAAAAGCAAAACUGGGUUCAGUUUCCUAAACCGGUAUGAACCGGUGAGCAAACCGGUGUUUAUAAGAGUUCCAUGCAUGCCCAACCCGUCGGCGGUUCCUGUGAAACCAAGAAGCAAACGUCCUAGAACCGGAAACCGGUCUUGGGUAUUUAAUUCAUCCCCGAAAACCGAGUCAUCCUCGUCGUCAUCGUCGGUGUCCUCACCGGUGUCCACGCUAUUAUUCCCUCCCUCGGUUCAUGACAUGAGGGUGCUUUUCAACUUCGGAAGGCCGCCUAUGAAAAAACCAAAGAAAAAGCCGGUGUUGGCGACGUCGGCCUGCGAAAAUCCCCCGGUUCAAAGGAGGUGUAGCCACUGCCAAGUGACGAAAACCCCUCAGUGGAGGGCCGGUCCAAACGGCCCCAAAACGCUAUGUAACGCGUGCGGAGUCCGGUUCAAGUCGGGGAGGCUAUUUCCGGAAUAUAGACCGGCUUGUAGCCCCACUUUUUCGAGCGAAGUUCAUUCCAAUAGCCACCGCAAAGUAUUGGAAAUGAGGAAGAAAAAGGAAACACCCGAGUCAGAAUCAGACACCGGUUUGACUCAGACAGUUUUGAGUAGUUAGAGACAGAGAGAAAAUUGUGAAUCGGGUUCGAGAGCAUUUGGUUUAUAAAAUGGUCCGGUUCAAUUGUACAAUUUUGGUGGUGGUUGGCUUCGGUAGGCAGGUUAGUUGUAACAGAUUUUAGGGAGGGGUUGGGAGGCAGUUAAUUUUAGUAAUCCUAGUUUUUUUUUUUUUUUUUGUAGUAUUAGUAAUAUUUUUUGUUUAGUUUUAAUUAAAUUUGUUGUAGUUUCAAUUAAACUAGUUACUCCUAUAUUUAAUUUUAGUUUCUUAGGUUAUAAAUGAGUUUUUCUUUUUCUUUUCUGACUUAUAUAUAUAUAUAUAUAGAUACUUUUGUUUA